AUGGAUGCCCCUGAUAUUAUUAACUCCAUGCCUUCAGAAGUUGUCAUUGGACACAUAUUUGGGCCUUCGUCAACAAGUUUUACAAACUUCAUGUUGGAGCACUGGGAAUCAUCACCUUUUCUGAUUAGGAAUCAACCAAAAUAUCUGGAGGCACCACAUGCCAUUUUCAGCUCAUUUAUGCAUUCACUUACAUCUGAAGAAGCAUUGCCUAAAGGUCUAUCUUCUAUCCUACGAGAAAUGGUUUCCUGUCCCCCUGUAGCUUUAAAUGAAAUAGACUGCUUGAGUUUACUUAAUGAUGUAAGGGACACACUUGGUUCCCCAAUAAUAUAUCAGCAGGACAUACGUUUGGUAAAGACUAGCAUGCAUUCUAAACUUGAGGAGCAUUACUUUCAGGAAUGUUCAAGCAAUGGCAUUGAAGGUCCAAGAUCUUUCUCCACGGAGGACAUCUUAAAGUGUGAGGGAGCAUACAGGGAGGGUUAUACUACAGCUGUACGUGGUAUGGAGUUCCGCAAUAGUGAUAUUGCUGCAGUCACACGAGUAAUUGCUUCUAUGUUUGGUCAAUUAUCAGUAGGUGCUAAUCUAUAUGUUACACCACCUGAUUCUCAAGGUUUAUCCUGCCAUUAUGAUGAUCAUUGUGUCUUUGUCUGUCAACUUUAUGGGGCUAAACAGUGGACAGUCUAUCCGAAACCAAUUAUCGAAUUACCUCGUCUAUAUGAGUGUCUUGAAGUUCCUCAGGAGUUACUGGUGCAAAGCAGACAAAUUUUGCUAACAGAAGGUGAUGUCCUAUAUCUUCCAAGGGGUUUUGCUCAUGAAGCAUGCACAGUUGUAGAUCUCGGUGAAAGCAGCAAGUUUAAUAAGUCCUCUGUACAUCUUACUCUUGCGAUUGAGGUUGAGCCUCCUUUUGAUGUUCAUUCAUUGAGCUCAUUAGCAUUCUUGCCUUCUAUUGGGUGGGAAGGAUUUGCCCAUAUUGCACUUUAUCUAUGGAGCCAGAAAAAAGGAUCUGAUACUUUUGCCCAUGAUGCUUCUGGGAUGCUAUCCAUUUCUGUGAAUAUUUUGCAUGUUGCAAUGAGGCUUCUUAGCAGUACUGAGCCAGUGUUUCGAAAAGCUUGCUUGGCUGCUGCUAGUUCCUUGCCUAUUGACACUAUAGAAUGGCAUGAAAAGAACCAGAGAGCCACUUUCAAACUAGUAAGUGAUAAAAUCAAUGAACUAUGCAGCUUCACAGAUUCUCUCGAAUAUUUGCAAAAAGCUGUUGAAAGAGAUGAUGAUCCUUUUCAUUGGCUUAGAUGGCUUCAGCAUCUCAAUGGGAGAGAAGUACAUGUACAUAAUUUUUGUAACUUUACUUCAGAUCGAAUUUGUAACAUUUUAUCAUUUAUUAAUCAACACAAGGAUGAUGCAGAAGCUGCAUUUGCCCAUGUUAAGUCAAAGUUUUGUAAUGAAGAUCUCUUUGACGAUGCAAAAGAGAGCUUUAAGACUUUGCAUGCCUUGUACAAGGAUGCCCGACUGCGAUAUUGA